AACCUCAUCUGUUUGCUGAUUCCCAUAACAUGGGAUUCUUGUGGAAAUCGCAAGAACAACUUAAACUUUGUUAUUUGGCAUCCUGUUAAACCAAGACUCUAUUAACCAGGCAGAACACUUCUAAAAUCCGUGUGUCCUGUCUCAGCUAAUGACAUUCCCUUUUCUAGACUUUGGGCACAGCCUGCUUGGUCCUCAGUUGCCUGCCCGCACUUACCCUGAUUCCAGCCAAGCACACCAGCAUUUUGUCCUCACUGAAAACCUUUAGUCUGGAUCUUCAUCACCCCUUACCUGGACUCCUGCCUGUCUCCAGGUGCUCCCUCCUUCCGGGAAAACUUAAAUCUUUUGCAAUACCAAGUGUAGUGAAACUACAAAGACUGUCUAUUGUCUACAGAAGAGUUAAGGAUCCCCCAAAGGAGUCUCAAAGCUGUAUCCAAGCUGACUCCAGGCUAACUUUCCACCCUAAUACACCAGCUACACACUGACUUCAGUUUGUACACCAGCCACAGCAGACUCAGCAUGUUAGCUGUCCAACACAAGGCUUCCCUGUUGCUCUCUUCAUUUUUGAUGCCCUCUCAGUCUGCCUAAGGCCUCUGCCCAUUCCAUUUCAGCUCUAACACUUUUUGGUGGUAUCUUCACUGAUCUACCCUUCAGAAUCCACUCACCCACCCUACCCCCAACGUGCUCACCCUCAGUGCUUCUACAACCAUCUCAUUUAUACCAACAUUAUUAUACCCUUCUGUUUUCUCUGUUUUGCCUGGGAUUUGACAUAUUUCAAAAGCCUCUCUCCCCCAUUAUAAGCCCUAGAAUGCAGGAACACUUUCUCUUUUAACUUAGUGUCAGUUUCACCCCAGAACUUUUUAGAAGAUAAGUUAAAUUAAUACAUAAAAGUGACCCCUUGACACCACAGAAUUCUGUAGAAUUUAUACCCAUCAUCUUCAGAAUUGACUAAAUUAGGUAUAUUUCAGUCUUCAAAAUCCCUGCAUUUCAGGGACACAUCCCUAAUAAAGACUGAAGGUCUCAGUUUUCCUGGCACUUAGGUUCUAUUCGAAGGAGAUCAAUAGUGUAAAAGUGAACAUCAUUUUUGAUGGUGAAAUGUGCUGUGAAGAAAUCAAGGCAGAGUUGAAGGUGACAGCACUAUUAUUUUACUUACUAUUUUUGAUGGAGGUAUCAUUAGUUUAUAAAACUGUAUGGGUUUCAGGUAUAGAAUUUCUCACCUUAACAUCAUUGUUAUCACACCUUGUCCACCACCAAAUGUGCCCCCACCAACCAGUCAGUUCCUCUACCCAGUCCCUUCCCCGUCUAGGAAUCACCAUUCGUUGUCCGAGUAUAAGGGUUUGUUUUGGUUUUGUUUUUUUCUUUUGCCUUUUUUUUUCCUAUUUUAUGUUCUACAAAUAAGUGGAAUCAUACAGUAUUUGUCAUUUUCCUUCUGAUUUAUUUCACUUGGCAUAAUCCCUUCAAAGCCCAUCUAUGUUGUUGCAAAUGGUGAGGUUUCACCUUUUUUAUGGCUGAGUAGUAUUCCAUUGUGUGCACAUACCACAUCUUCCUUAUCUAUUCAUCCAUCAUCAGGCCCUUGGAUUGUUUCCAUGUCUUGCCUACUGUGAAUAGUGCUGCAGUGAACAUAAGGAGACAUACAUCUAUACAUCUAGUCAAAUUCAUGUUUUUAUUCUUUUCAGGUAAAAUCCCAGAAGUGGAAUUGCUGGAUCAAAUCAUAUGGUCCAGUUACCUUUGGACUCCCAUAAUGGACUCCCCAAAAUCUCCAAAAGAAACUGUCCUCAUCACAGGAGGAGCUGGCUAUUUUGGUUUCCGCCUAGGCUGUGCUCUAAAUCAGAAAGGAGUCCAUGUGAUUCUAUUUGACAUCAGCAGCCCAGCUCAAGCCAUUCCAGAAGGAAUCGAGUUUGUACACGGAGACAUUUGCCACCUCUCUGACGUAGAGAAGGCCUUCCAGGAAGUGGCCGUGACAUGCGUGUUCCACAUCGCCUCUUACGGCAUGUCAGGGCAAGAGCAACUAAAUCGAAAUCGAAUCGAAGAAGUCAAUGUGGGGGGCACAGAAAACAUCCUCCAGGUUUGCAGGAAGAGAGGGGUGCCAAGAUUAGUUUAUACUAGCACUUUCAAUGUCAUCUUUGGAGGUCAAGUUAUCAGAAAUGGAGAUGAAUCUCUGUCUUACCUACCACUUCACCUCCACCCAGAUCACUACUCCCGGACCAAAUCCAUUGCAGAGAAGAAGGUGCUGGGGGCCAGCGGCACAGCCCUGGAGAGUAGCAAUGGUGUCUUGAGAACCUGUGCACUGAGGUCAGCGGGCAUCUACGGACCCGGAGAGCAGAGACACCUUCCCAGAAUAGUGAACUACAUUGAAAGGGGCUUGUUUAAGUUUGUGUAUGGGGACCCCAAGAGCCUGGUUGAAUUCGUCCAUGUGGAUAACUUGGUGCAGGCGCACAUUCUGGCCUCAGAGGCCCUGAAAGCUGACAAGGGCUACAUUGCCUCUGGGCAGCCCUAUUUCAUCUCAGAUGGCAGACCUGUGAACAACUUUGAGUUUUUCCGGCCUCUGGUUGAGGGCCUGGGCUAUACAUUCCCCUCCUUCCGCCUGCCCUUGACCCUCAUCUACUGGGUGGCUUUCCUCACAGAGGUGAGCUACUUCCUUUUGGGUCGACUGUACAACUUCCAGCCCUUCCUCACCCGCACUGAAGUUUACAAAACUGGUGUCACACAUUACUUUAGUCUAGAGAAAGCGAGGAAGGAGCUAGGUUAUGAGGCUCAAGCAUUUGACCUCCAGGAAGUAGUGGAGUGGUUUAAAGCCCAUGGCCAUGGCAAAAGCCCUGGCACUCGUGACUCUCAGCCUCUUGUUCACAAUGGACUGUUUGUUUUGUUCUUAGUUAUAGCUGUCCUGACAUGGCUGCCCUCUGUGACUCUGUCACUAUGAAGGAAGAGCUAAAAAUAAGGAGCUGCUCAUAUUUACUGAGAUGGUUUUCAGAAAACAUGGGUUUAGUGUCUACAGUGACACCCAGUGCUAAAUUUCAACUCUUCUCAUUGCUAUUUAAGAACAGAGUCUUGGACUAAGUCUUCCUUACUUACCUCCUUGCAUUAAUCCUGGUGAGAGAAAGAAAAGAAGCAAAGAUAGAUUUAAAAUGUUUUAGAUGGGUACAACCCGAGUCAUUUUGGAGCCACAGAGCUAAAUUUAGUUUGGUUGGAAAUGUCUUACUUAAAUUUCUCAGAUGCCAAAAGUCACUUAUUUCCAUUCUAUAUAGUGAUGUUUCAGUGAGUGACAGACCAUACACAUGGAAGCCCCAGCAGGUCACCUUGGUGUGGGGUACGAUUUAUCUCGCACUUUAUGUAACCACACUGUGACACAACAACUCAAUUGCCUAACAACACAUUUUUCAUAACCCACCCCUGUCACUAAGUGAUGCUUGGCUGUACUCUCUGAACCUACUUAAAAUGGACUGAAACACACACUGAUAAAAGAAUGUCAUGAUCCAAUGACUUGAAAAUGUAUGAAAAACACAAGUCAGGCCAGAUCCCCACAGACUACUCCUCUCCUGGCUGUUGCAGGGGACACCUUGGUUAUCCACAGCCUAAAUUUUAGGAAUUCAUUUUUUCCCCUAUGUGAUUGAAGGACUUUCAGACUUUCAGCCUGUGUGACCACAUGGCAAUAUUGGGUGUUUAAGCAAGCACAUCUUUUUCUUACCUCAUAGGUGCUUUUGAGGAUUAAAUUAGACAAGGCACAUAAAGUGUUACUCAACAUGCCUAACUGAGCCUUUGUUUAUUCUGAAGUUUCCUUCCUCAGGGUAUUCUGUUUAAAGGGUGCCAUUGCUCCUGACUUUCCCAAAUGUCUUAAUGUGUGCCCUGAGUGUUUAUAGAGUUUUAGUCUCUGAGGAGAGACUAAAGUUCAGGAAACAGCCAAAAUUUUGAUAACUAAGGAAGAUGAACUAACGAUGUCAUUUGUAAUUAAAAAAUGAAGUAUAGCUCUGAACUAAUAGACCGACUUCUCACUGGGAAGAAUAUUGGUACUCUGAAGGCAAAUUCCAGGGAGGAAUGUUUUGAACAAUGGUACCAUUGUCUAGCCACCGGGGACCAUUGUCGGAGACAUUCAAGGAGCGCUGUUGCAUAGAAAGCAAGAGGAAGAAGGCAGACUCUGCGCGUGCCAAGGUGCCAGCUACAGAAGAGGCAGUAUUAAAUGCUAGCAGGAGCACAGGUUGCUGUGCAAAUUCAUGUUAGUGUCAUUCUGAGAGUAUUUGUAGAGGAUGUUAGAUGCACCAUCCCUGCAUGUUUUGGGACAAGCAUUCAACUUGAUACCAGAAGACCUGCCACCAGGAACACUUUGUGCAGUCUUAUCCAAGUCACUGAAGUUUCUCCAGGCCUCAGUUUCCUCUUUUGGUAUGGGAAUGACUAUUGAUCUUUUCUAUAAGCCUACACACCCACCUCCCAGAGUGUUUUUGGAGCCUAAAAUAAGAGGUGGUAAUAUAUCUGGGGUGGUAUGGGCCUGGACUCCUAAAACAUCCCAGUGUUGUAAACACACAUUGCCUCAAUUAGUUAAAUAACUGAAAUUAAAAUUUAAACAGGUCAAUGGAUCUUGAUGGAAUUCUGCUAAGUGAAAUAAAUCAGAAGAAGAAAGACAAAUACCAUAUGAUUUUACUCUUAUAUUUUACCCUUCUGUGGAAGAUAAAUAAAAAUAACCCCUUAGACUGUGACAACAGAAUCAUGGUGACCAGAGGGGGAGAAGGAUGGGAGAAGGGGGUCCAAUGGAUUAUGUUGGGGAGUCAUUGAUACUUUCAUGGUGAAUAUGGUUUAUUGUAUGCGAUAAUCAAGGUGUGAAGCUGAAAUGUACACAGCAUGGUAAAUGAAUGUCAUCUCAAUAAAAUUUGAAGAAAAAAAAUUAGAUGUGGUAAAAGUACAUUUGAUGUAUAAAUUGCAACAUAAACAUGAGUAGUGAUAGAGAUUGUUUUUGUGAAAUAUUUUUGUGGUCCUUUAUAUCACAAGAUGCUUUUGCUUUAGGGGUUAAUUCACAUGAGCACCUGCAGCAGGUCUAACACUGGGUGCUAUAGGGCAGGUUUCUCUGCUCUGCAGGCUCAGCGUGUCUGGACAUGGUGUAGGCAUACCAGGAGGUGACUGAUAGCAGAUGAGUACAGUAAAACCUGUAUCAGUGGUUAAGAGGGAACGCAGACUCUCCAAACAUGUUUUCAAUGAAGUCCCUUGAAAGAAUGAUAGAUACUUCUCAGUUUUAUCAAGCCAGGUACACCAAGCAUGGUGGGGGUUAGCUUGUUCUUGUUUCCCACACAAUAUACCUAAAAGAAAAUCAGGAUGUAUGUAUGGGACUACUGUCACCUGGGUGUGAUACAUGUGGCCUGGCUGUAGAAAGGACAAUGAGGAGCAGUCUCUGAGGUGAUGCACUAUAGCC